UGUACGAACAUGGGGAAAAAACAGCAUCAAGUCAACGCAGGUCAGCAGUGCAGCCUCCUGCUGAGGGCAGCGCUGCUCUCUGUCCUGCUGUGCGGUCCUAAGCAUGUGGCGUCAGACUCAGACGAGGUCGUUUUCACUGAGUGGGAGAUCUGGAAGAGCAGCCACGGCGUAAGCUAUGACGACAUGGACGACAUGCAAAGAAGGGUCAUCUGGGAGGACAACAAGCAGAGGAUUGAAGACAAUAAUCAAAGGUUUUUUACAGGGAUGAGGUCAUUCACUAUGGCCAUGAACAAAUAUGGAGACCUGACAGGACAAGAAUACCAGGUUAUGCAAGGUGCCAUGAUGGACGCCCGCUUUGUAAAGCGAGGUCCAACGGCCUCUGCCCAGCGGCUGCGUCAUAAUGCUAAGAAUUUAGAUGCUACGUUUGUUGACUACAGGAACCUGGGUUAUGUCACUGAGGUGAAAGACCAGGGUUACUGUGGCUCAUGCUGGGCCUUCAGCACUACAGGAGCCAUCGAAGGACAGAUAUACAAAAAUACAGGUCAGCUCGUCUCCUUGAGUGAGCAGAACUUGGUCGACUGCUCCAAACCGUACGGCACCUACGGCUGCAGCGGAGCCUGGAUGGCGAACGCCUACGAUUACGUGGUGAACAAUGGGCUGCAGUCGACCAGCACGUACCCUUACACUUCAGUGGAUACUCAGCCCUGUUAUUAUGACGGCAGACUUGCAGAGGCUCAUAUUAAAGACUACAGGUUCAUACCCAAAGGAGACGAGCAGGCCCUGGCUGACGCUGUGGCAACCAUUGGUCCAAUCACAGUGGCCAUUGAUGCAGAUCAUUCCAGCUUCCUGUUCUACAGCUCAGGAAUAUACGAAGAGCCCAUGUGUAAUCCCAACAACCUGAGUCACGCUGUAUUGCUGGUUGGUUACGGCUCUGAAGGAGGUCAAGACUACUGGAUCAUAAAAAACAGCUGGGGAUCCAGUUGGGGUGAAGGCGGCUUCAUGAGGAUGAUCCGGGACGGCAGAAACACUUGUGGCAUUGCGAGCUAUGCGUUGUAUCCAAUCCUAUGAUUCAGAGUCAAACUUUAAUGCUGAACCUCUGUGGUCUGUCAGUGAUGCUCCAAAAAAAACCCCAAAAUUACUUAUAUCGCUCUAAAGUCGUCCAUAUUCUUUACAAACAAAAGCUUUCUGACAGUGAAGGUGUUUUGUGGAAAGAUGCUCAUCUUUGUACAGUGAACACAGCUUCUCUCAGGGACGUAGUACAAACACACACACACACACACACACUCACUAUUCAGCCUGUGGAAUGUUUUUUUGGAUUAGUCAAACUCACCAGCUGUGGACUGAAGUCAUGUAUUUUCCCCUCUCAUCCAGUAUUGUGGCCAAUGUAUUGUUAGAUAGAUGCAUACAUUACAAUAAACAAUUAAAAUUUAGGGCAUUUAGCGCAGAGGCUCUAAUCCUAUCAGAAGGAAAAUUAGUUGGCAGUGAUUGUGGGAGAUAGUGGAUUUGCAUAUUUGCAUAAUAGACAUGGAUAUUACAUAAUCCACACAUUUGUAUUGAGUUUCAUUUUGGUAAACGAUGACCCUUUUUGUCUAAACAGUAAAACCUUUAUAAUAAAGCAUCUUGACAGUGUUGAACUGAGAGUUUUAUGUUGGAAAGGCUGUGAGACGAGAGUAACUGACUCAACUUAAUCACAGACAUAAUUAUGUUCCUGUUAGAAACCAAGCUCGAAAAUGGAAAUUAAAAUGAUCAUCAAUCCUGAAAAAUGAAAUUCACUGAGGACUUAAUUCUGCUUUUACAACAGUAGUUAUAGAGGUUUAUUUCCUUUUCCAAUGAGGGUUAAUCUCUUCGUGCCUCAUCAUGUUAUGAACAUGCUUUAACUAUCAAUGGCUGCUUUCACAAGAUAAAUAAUCUUGCUUUUUUUAUGAUUCCAGUAUCACUUUUUCAUGCAAAUGACUUAAGAGACAAAAUAAGCUAAAUGUUCAGAUCAUGUUACAUCUUAAGACUUAUAUAAAGGGUGGUGGUGGUGGUGGUAGUGGUGUAAAUCUGGGGGCCUAAAUGUGUUUCAGGCUUCAUUUUGAACCAAACGUAAUACAAUAUGUUUACUUUCAAUGCAAAAAAAGUGAUAAAUGAAAUGAAACCUCAUGGACUGACUGAUAAUAAAGGGAUUUCCUUCUGUCA